AUGCCUCCUAAGAAGAAGGCCGCCGCCAAGAAGGCCAAGCAUGAAGAGACCUGGGUGGGUCGAAUGCAACUAAGAACGUACAACCCCGAAGAAGAUCAGCAUCCUUGCAAGCUGGUUGAACAAUACUUCGGGCCCGAUGCUGACAACUCCUUGCCCACGGCAGUGAACCAUUGGCUCAGUUCGAAUGGGCACCCCGAGGUAGCAAGCCUGCACCACACGUUUCCAGCAGAGAACACUGCGGCCAACAUCCCGCUCCUGUCCUUCAGCCUGCCGAUACCGGUAGACCAGGCCCCGCCGCUGGUUACUUGGUCGAAGUUCGCUCCCUCGAUCUUCUCUUGCUGGGAAAAUGAAAGGGAGCCUUUGGAGGUGAGGCCCCUAGGCACGCCUGCCUUGCGCCCGGGAGACCUCCUCAGCCGCGCCUCUGUGGCGGUGUGCCGUGGCUACAGUCGCAGCACGAUCAUCGGCUUCGGCAUCGCAAGGACCCUCAUGGUGGAAGACAUCGGAACGAUGCCCGAGAGCGAGAAGGAGGAGUUCACCAGGUGGCUCCUGAACGUGCUGUAUGUCAAGGUUCUCUACACGCCUCGGCUUACUCAUGAGUACAGCUACCGGAACAUGCAGCUGUCUGUGCAAGCGGCUGAUCGGCAACGGAAGAACAUCCUACAGAUGGCUUUGAGGUUCCAUCAGCGGGCACAGCAGAUGGAGACGCCGGAACUGCUCGGCCCCCACAACGAUCCGAUGGAGGCGGCUUUCAAGGAAUAUAACAGCUUCGGGCUUGCAGAGCAGACCGAUCAGUACAAACUCGCCGAGAAAGACUGCCAGGCCAUGAAGGUUCUGAUGGCAAGUGUCUGCGAGGAUGUUCGUUUGCUGAUGGCCAGGCAUCUGCAAUCGAAUGUGUGGGCGGACUGCGCCUACAGCCUCGAGAAUGUGAAAUCUGUUCGUUGGCACCUGGGCUCUGCGGGCCGUUCAGAAGGACUUUGGAAGGAGAUUAUGAUGGUGACGAAGCAGAAGCAGUGCUGCUUCAUCCAACGAGUACACUUUCAUUUUCAAGUGAAGCGCCGCCAGGUCAGAACGGCCCAGCAUGCACGCUUGAACCCGGAGGCCUGGGACACCAUGCUCGAGGGUGUGUGCUUCCUCGUUUGGGUGUUGGAUGCCAUGCGGGUAGCCAUGACGGACGACGGUGCCGCCCCGCUCUUUUCCUCAGACGUGCUUCGGGUUGCCUUCCAGAAAGUUCUGGAAGGGCUACCCGACUUGGACUACUCGGGCGAAGCGGAGAAGCACAGCAUGCUCAGGCUGCCGGAUGUGAAACCCCAGGAUUGCUCUAUGUGGUCGGACCACUUGCCAAAAGAUCCGGCCAAAAGCGCCCUCAAAGACUGCAAGGAGCAGAUUUCAAAGCUCGACCAGGAAUCGAUUCAGAAGCAGUUUGAGGCUGACUGCUACAAGCUGAGCUUCGACCUCUCCUCCUUCGCGAACCAUGUUGAGGCCCUGGGUAAGAACAAGCGAACCGCCCAGAUCGCGAAGGUUUGCCAUGUGCGAGCCGAGAUGAAGCGAGGAUCGAACUCCGUUGUGGACUUCAUCGAGAAGAUGUGCCCCCACCACAUUUCCCUCUACAGCGACAGGGACACCUCCGAGAACAUCAAGAAGGCCAGUAUCCAAAGCCCCUCCCCAUACCAGUGGAUGAAUGGCACGCGGCCGGAUGCUGUCAUUGUCUGGGCCGACCUCACGAAGUUCGGGAGAGUCUCGAAUGACACGGUCAAUGAUCUCGCUGAGCUCAUGAGGGGUGUGUUGCAGCAUAGCCCGCAGCGGUCUGUCGGCAUCAUCAUCGUGCCGGUGCUUGCUUCCGCAAAGGUUGCCAAUGGCAUUCGAGGGGAAAUUCGGCGCUUGGAAGACAAGCUGGAUGCCAAGUGCAACCGGCAGCCCAUCGAAUGGAUGUUGGAACGAGAUUACAAGGCCCUGGAGUUUAAAGCAUCGUGUCAGGAUUGGAAGGCGGGCAACAACCUGAUCGGGGCUGCAACCUUCAAGCCUGAACCCGCAGCAGCAGAAGCCUCCGACUCCCCUGCUGUCAACCAGCCGACCUUUAAUCUCUGCGUCGUCACCGAGACCCCCGAGGGCAACAUGGCCAUCGCCUUGCCGCCCGGCAUCCGCAGCAAAUGGUCCGAGGACUCGGCACGGAAGGAGGAGUGGGCCCAGGUCUUGAAAAAGUUUGAUGCAUCGGUGCACACAACCAGCUCUGCUGCCUCUGCUUCCACGGCGACAACUCCAGCAGCAGACUCAGCUGCUCCGACAAGCAGCCCUGACCCUGAUGAUCCCUGGGGCGCCGAGCCGCAGACGGUAGAAGAUUUGGAUGCCCGAUACGACACGGCCCACAGCUUCCCCGGCCGCAACUCCUCCACGAUCCUCCGGAUCACGCCGAGCUUGGAAAAAUCACAAUCCGAGCCGAAGCUGUGUGCUGAGAAUCAGCAGUUCAAGCUCUUCUUGAUUGCCAAUGCCGAUGUGACCAUCCCCAAGACCGAGUACCAGAUCGCCCAUGAUCGGGCAUCCUUUCUCGCCGGCCCGAAGGUGCAAAAGUUGAUGGAUCGUGCCAAUGACCUCAUGGACUUCCUUAUGGCCUCUCACAGCAACAUGCCAGCAGCCCCGUUGCAUGCUGCAGAAGCUGCCUCGUCCGCCAGUCCCACUCAUCCUCGCCUGACGAGAUCGUCUACGCCCCCAACCCAACCGUGA